AAAGUACAAGAAGGAGAUUCAUUUAACUACAGACAAGGUUUAGCCCAGUUUAGCGAGCUGUAUUCCCAUCGAACAGCAGCAAUUAAUUAUAUCGGAAUGUUUUCUCUCCGAUGUUCGGUACCGGGCAACUAAUAGUACUGUGCCGUACAGCUUAUAGUUACGAAUAAUCAUGUUAGGUUGCUUUCAUAAAGUGUUAUCUACCAAAUAGUAGAUUAGUAAUGAUCUUAUUAAAGUAGUUAAAGAUUUUUAUUCCCUUUCUAAAACGAAUACGAUUAUUAAAGUUAUUUAAACUAUAACGAAAACGACAUAAAAAUGGCUACUGUUCCAAACUCUACGAAAGACGACGCACAAAUCAAAUCACAAGAUAAACAAACAAUGCAAUGUAUGGGACGUACGCAAGGUGAUGGUAUGGAGAAUGUAAUGAUUGAGAAAACAGAGACCAAAGGAAUGAAAUGUCGUCUUGGAGAGACGCUUAUUUAUCAUCCAACGAAUUUAAAACAAUUGAGUUCCAUUCCUCCGGUUACUCCAAACGGUCCAAUAAUAAAUUUAAUACCAAAACAUGCUGCUAGCGUAAAAGAUGAGAAACACAUUUUAAAUUCAUUGAAAUCAAAGGAACCAAAGUUUGUUCCCUAUGAGCCAUAUAAAGCUGCAGUUAAUCCAAUUAUUCCGUACGAUAAGAAAGGUAAAAAAUCACAAAAGUGUAAUUUAAACAUGAACAUGACUGUUUCUCAAAUUGCUGCAAUGAAAAUUCACGAAACAAAAGUACCAUCGAACGAUACUGUGAGCACAGUUGAAGAUAACUCUAUGGAGAGCGAAUGGUUAAAAGAAAAGAAACUGUACGACGCAGAAAUACAAAAACUUAAAGAAGAAAACAGUCAACUUGAGAAUCAGUUGAAGUUUCAAGCACAGGUUAAUGGAGAAUUGAAGAAUUUAUUAGUAGCUGCUGUAGGAGAAGAUCUUGAAACAAAGGUUCACUUAUUAACCAAAGAUAAAUUGCAACUUGCUAGGGCACUUUUAAAUUCAGCUCAACAUCUUUCCACUCACCAAGAACAAACUGAAUGGUUGGCUGGUCAGUGUGAAGUUUGGAGAAGUAAAUUCUUAGCCAGUAGCUUAAUGGUCGAGGAACUUGCAAAAUGGAAAGCAGCUCUUUGUCAAAGGACAACAGAUCUUCAGGAAGCAAUAAAAAGGCUUUUAGAGGAUCGUAAUCACGUUCGCGACAUAUCCCUUAAAACAUAUAGGACACUUAGUAUCCUUCGUGAAAAUUUUGAUCCUGUUGGAGCUGCCUCCUAUAGGAGGCACGAAUUGCCAAGUACAUCUAUUAUAGAUUUAGCACAAGGCUGCUGUCAACUCGCAGAAAUUUUGAAAGUUCAACUUUUAAGUGGUGUAGAAAAUAUCAAUCUACAAAGAGAGAUUAAUACCACUGGUUUAGACAUGAAAACAGUUGCUGAAAAGACUGCGGAGAAAGUACUCAUGAGUUCGAAAUUGCUCAUGUCUGGAAGACAAGACGUAGCUUGCAGUGCAGUGAUGGGAGCAGCAGUAGCAAUCGGUGGCCAAAUAUUUCUUCCGCGAUGUGAUUCGAACAUAACUUGUUGCUCUCACUGUCGCGGUGAAACUAAACAAAUUUAAUAUUUUUCUUUUGCAAUAUAUCCCUUUAACUUACGAAAACAAUUCUCACAUAUUUCCGUAUCCUUUCUAAAGUAUAUUUAACAAUUUUAAACGUACCACAUUAUUUUUAUAUUUAGAAUUAUUGAUUUAUCGGUAUGAAUGUUAUUAACUGACAAUAAAAA